AUGACAACAUUCUCUUCUAUUUCUUCGCCAAACAUUCUCGGCGCCGCCUGCGUUGGGCGUGGCAUCAUGGCUCUCAUCUCACCACGAGCAGAAUAUGGUCACGUCGGACUUCUUCUUGAACCUGGCAAAGAAUCCAGCAAGACCGGAUCUGUCUCGCCACUCAUGUACUUCAAGGGUAUUCGUGAGAUGUCAUACGGAAUGACACUCAUGGCGUUACAAUGGCAGGGUAACGGGAGUGCUGUGACGACCUUUUCAGCUAUUCUGUCGAUUGUGAGAAUAGGUGAUGGGUUGGUUGUGUGGAUGAAUGGAGGCGACGAGCUCAGGUACAAGGCGGUCGGUCAUUGGAUCACAGGGUUUUGGUUUGCUGGAUGGGUUAUCUGGAGGUUGAGAUUCUAG